AUGUUGACUGAUCAGUUUAAUGAACUAUUGAUGAACAAUGAUGAAGAUAAUGUUCCAUUGUCGAGCUCAAAGGUUAUGACAACUAGCAUCGAAGAGGUGACUGAGCAAUUGAAUCAAGUGUUGAUGAGUGAUUAUGAAGAAAAUGCUCUAUUCUCAAGAUUGAAAGUUUCAAAGUCGAUCACCGGGAAAAUUGAGCAAAAGCCGAAAAAACAGAAGAAGGAUUGUGAGGAAAUGCCAGUUAAAAAUAUACCAAAGUUAGAGUGGAAACCAGAGGAUUGCGCAAAUGUAAUUGGUAGGAUGGUCAAGUUUACUGGUGGGGAGGGAGAAAAGAAGAAAUGUCAUUACGAGACAUUUGAGUUUCAUGGCAAAAAAUAUGGACUGGAGAGUUCAGUGCUAUUGGUUCCCGAAGACAUAAACCAAAAGCCCUAUGUUGCGAUCAUAAAGGAUAUUUAUAUACAAGGAAAGGAAGGAUAUGUGAUGCUUGAAGUGCAAUGGUUUUAUCGUCCGGAAGAUGUUGAGAAAAAAAUUAUUGGAAACAAGGAAUUCAAAGAUUCUAGAUAUCUCUUCUACAGUUUCCACCGUGAUGCUGUGUUUGCUGAAUCUGUGAAGCACAUGUGCAUUGUGAAUUUCGUGCCAGAAACUAAGCAAAUCCCAAAACGUAGAGAGCAUCCCGGUUUCAUCGUUCAAAAUGUUUAUGAUAUCAUGAAGAAGAAGGUGCGGAAAUUUGAUGGAAAUGACUUUAGCGAGAUCCAAAGAAAUGAGAUUGAUAUGCUUGUGGCAAAGACGAUUUCGCGAGUUGGUCAUCUUCCUGACAUUGAAAAGGAGCAACAAACUUUGAAGUCGAAGCGUAAACAAUAUGUUCCGAAAAGAUUUAUCAUACCAGUUGAAAAGACGAGCCAUGCAAGUAGUAAUGUGGUUAGUGCACCGAAUUAUAGGUCAACUUUGGAGAAGUUUGAUAUGUUAACUUGUGCUUUGGAUCGUAACAAGAGAUUGGAGGAGCUUCUGGAAGCAGUUAAGCACAAGUGUCGUGUAACUAAAAAGAAGAAGGAAGCUAGAGAUUAUGAUUUUUUUUGGCCAAAUGAUGUUGUUCAUGCGGUGAGUGCUCUUGAGCAGGCCAUAUAUGAUUCUUUGGCAAAUGAUAUACCAAAGUAUAAUCACGAGUUUGAGAUUCUGGUUGAUCAACUCAAGAACUCGCGACUACUAGCUGCACGUCUUCUUAAUGGAGAGUUAAAACCUGAGCUAAUUAUAACGAUGACCCCCUAUGAGCUAACGCGUGGUCGAAUUUUUGAUGAAAUGAAGGCUGAUAUCGAAGACCGAUAUAUUGAAGGAGAAGAUCCAUCCACCUCCAAAAGCUCUUAA